GCGGGCGCUGCGUGUGGGAGGGCGGGCGCGCGGCUCUGUUUUUAGUAGUACCGCAAAGAGCGCGGCGAGAGUGCGCGCUGAGGGGAGCGGGGCUGAGGCGAGCCGCGGCGGGGAGCCAGGCUGGCCAUGGCUGUCUCCGCGCCGCCCGUCAUCGCCGCAACUUCCAGCGGCGGCGCGGGGGGUUCGGCGGGUUUGUUCCGGGCGGACCCGCUGUACUCCAGCCCCGCGGAGUCCCCGCGCCUCACCAACAGCCUCGUCAACAGUUUCCUCUCCGCCGGCGGCGGCGGUGGCGGCGGGGCCGGCGCGGGCGGCGGCGGGGGCGGCGGCAACGAGUGUAAGAUGGUCGACCUGCACGGGGUGAAGGUAGCCUCGUUCCUCGUGGAGGGGCAGGAGCUGAUCUGCCUGCCGCAGGUCUUUGAUCUCUUCCUCAAGCACCUGGUGGGAGGGCUGCACACGGUCUACACCAAGCUGAAGCGGCUGGAUAUAUCGCCCGUGGUGUGCACGGUGGAGCAGGUCCGCAUCCUGCGGGGGCUGGGGGCCAUCCAGCCCGGCGUCAACCGCUGCAAGCUCAUCACCAGGAAGGACUUCGAAACUUUGUACAACGACUGCACCAACGCGAGCUCACGACCAGGAAGACCCCCCAAGCGUUCACUAGGAGUUGCGAUACAAGAAAAUGCACGUCUUCUGCCCCAUGGAGUUCCAGGCCUCUUAUCACCAGGACUUAUCUCUCCGACAGGUCUGACAGCGGCUGCCAUGGCAGAGGCUAUGAAGUUACAGAAAAUGAAACUUAUGGCAAUGAAUAGCCUUCAUGGAAGUGGAAGUCAAAAUGGAACAGAAUCAGAAAAUGAAGAGCUCAAUUCUAAUGCAGGUGGGAGUGAAUCCUCCUGGGACAAAGACAAGCUUCAGUCUCCCAUUACAACGGGAUCACAGCAUAGCAUUGGUCAUCCGACACUAUCAGGGCAGUCGAGCCUUGGAAGCGCGCACCCACUCAGUCCUCUCCAGCAGAACCACCUGCUCACCAACAGGAUAGACCUGCCGUUUAUGAUGAUGCCCCACCCUCUGCUUCCCGUCAGCCUACCUCCCGCUUCGGUCGCAAUGGCAAUGAAUCAGAUGAACCACCUCAAUACAAUAGCUAACAUGGCUGCAGCAGCCCAAAUGCACAGUCCUCUUUCCAGGGCAGGGGCCUCUGUUAUAAAGGAAAGGAUUCAAGACAGCCCUUCUCCAGCUCCGUCUCUAGAAGACAGUCAGCGGCCUGGGAGCCACGCUUCCUCCCAUCAGAGCAGCAGCGUGUCCAGCUCGCCAUCCCAGUUGGACAACACACCAGACAGAAUUGCUAUGCUGACCAACAGCAGGGAAGGAGAGCUCAUUGAUCAAGAAACUGGGACCAGCCUAAAAAAAAUACAAAAGGAGAAAGAAGAGGUCCAAAUUGCCAUUCCAAUAAUGAAACCAACCUUAGAUAAAGUCCAACUGGCUGGACAGGCCUUGCCUCCUGGAUUUCCGGCGCCAUUUCUUUUUGCUGAUGGUCUUUCAUCAGUAGAAACACUAUUAACCAACAUUCAGGGCCUGCUGAAGGUGGCUGUGGACAAUGCAAGAGUCCAGGAAAAGCAGAUACAGCAGGAAAAGAAAGAGUUAAAGAUGGAGCUUUGUAGAGAGAGAGAACUAAGAGAGAGCUUGGAAAGGCAACUCACAGCUGAGCUGCAAAGCAGAGCAACAAUUCAGAAACGCUUGAAGAAAGAAAAAAAGGCAAAGAGAAAAUUGCAGGAGGCUUUGGAAUUUGAAUCAAAGAGAAGAGAACAAGUGGAACAGGCACUUAAACAGGCCACAUCAGGUGACGGUCUCAGGAUGUUAAAUGAUGCUGGAAUCCCAGAUAUGGAAAUAGAACACAACGGAACCCAACAUGACAGUGCAGCAAUGCAAGGUAUUCCAGAUACCUCAGUUGAGCUUCCCUUGAGAAAUAAAGGGAGCAGGAAGGAAAAAUUGAAACCCGUUUCAAAGUUUAAAGAAGUCAGUCCCUCACCCCGCAGUACCCUUGAUGACCACCUCUUACCUUAGUUUGAAAAAUAAUUUUUAAAAUACAAUAAAGAUACCAAGAAUUAAAGAAACUGAUAUUACUGAUCCCAUCUUUGAUAAAUCAACUCUUCCCUUGAAUGCACAUCUGGAUUCCUCCCCUCCUCUCGGCAGACAGAGUCCAUGUCACCAAAUGCAGCACCAUAAAUGUGCGUGCGUUUGUGGUCUCCGUCUUACUGUCUUUGUCUGUACAAAUACCAAACAUGUAUCAGAAGACGGAGCCCACCCCCAGCGGCCGUUUCAGUAGCAAGUUACACACCUGAUUUCUGCUGACUUCCCUUGGUAUUACAGGGACUAAUUGACCGAGCGCACCCGUAACUCCCACGCGGUGUAGGUGGUCAGGCAAGAAGAUCCUUUGUACGCGUGGCUGCUGAGCCCAGGCCCUCACGGAGAGGAGACGUGCGGGCCUGAGAUGCCCGGGACAUGUAACGCGUUGGCUGCUGCUGCGCAGAACGCAGAACUGGUGUGUUACUGGCUCGCGAGAAGCACACUGCGGCAGAAUUUCAGUCUUUUGGACUGCCUGUAAAGACUAUUGGUAUGAUUUUUGGAGGGCAGGCAUGCUGACGCGCAGAUUCUGUCAGUGGCUAUCUUUUUUAGAAGUACAACUUUUUAGUAUAGGCUAGAGCACCUACAGCCUGCCAUGGGAAGAAGUCACGUGCAACUUCCUAAUAGCCAAAAGGAGAAAACCAAAAAAAAAGAGCCAAACAAAACCCACAGUGUUCAAUAUUUGUAUUUCUGCUUACGCCCUCCCCAGGCUUUAGUAUUUGCCCCACUAAGUUUAAGACAAUAAUUUUAAUCAGCCAAAGGCCUGAAACUAAUUUUAGUCACUUCUUCAGAGGUUCCCAUGCUCCCAGACGUUCCUCCGGAGAUGUUAUGUCCCUGGCUCUUCCGAUCUUUAUUCUUGUUUACAUCCAAAAUACAUACUAAAUCAUCUCUGUUUGGAGAGUCUGAGCCUCCUUAAAACCAUGAAACAUUCAAUUACUAAUUAGCUGUUUCCUGUUUCUAAUGAAGUGAACAUGUCGGAUUUGGAUUAAAAUUCAGCUACUGCUCUCCUCUGUUUAUGGUUCCAGAUGUUUUUGUUUUAUCUAGGAGGUUACUUUGACAGCUACUGCUAAAUGAUAAAUCACUCAUAUUAUAGCUGAAAUGCAUUUUGAAAUUGAAAUGUGGCAAACUUUGAGAUUGCUCCAAGGAUCAGUGUCAGUUAGCAGGUCAAUACUUGUUCUUUCCUUAUGAGUGUUCGGUAUUGGCAUAUGUAAAACAGUAAUGGGAUAGAUGUCAACAUUAUACAAAAUGCUUCUCGAUAUUAUCAUUUUGCUAUCAUCUUCAGGAUCAGUACUUGCGGGUUUAGCUGGGUGGAUUCAUGAUUCAUUGUAUAAUGAACAAGAAUAUGGAUUCUUGUUAGCUUUAGUUUCUGUGGGUGUUUUAAUAUUUAUUUUUCCUCUGGGCUUAAAGGAGUUGCUUAAUGAGAAAAAUCACAGUUCAUAGGUACUAUAACUAGGAAUAUUUUUAUGACGGAAAUAAGUGGCUUUCUACUUGCUUCCCUAAAUAAAGAAAAACAAUUUUUAAAAAAAUGUGGUGGUUUCUGAAUGAAAGAGCAGUUUUCCAAGAACAGAUAUUGAUUUACUUCUAUUACAUUCUUUAAUGCAAUGCAAUUUUGUUUUAACACACUGUUCCCUAGAAGGUUUUGUGCAUGUAAUAAUGGUAUGUUGUAAAGCUGAUGCCAUGUUACUCCGUCUGUCUUAACGGAGGCAUGCAAUACAACACAGGCUGCCUUCUGGAAAAAAAAAAAGAAGGAAAAUGAGUGUUCAAUUAAAAAGCAAAUGCAGUAAAGGAAGAAAAUCCAAAUGAAAGUAUUUACAGCCUCUACUCAGCAGAUGCUGGCUGGCAGGCACCAUUGGAAAGAAGGCUGGUGGGUUUUUAGCCCAGCGGAGUGCCCCCACCUGUCCCACCGGGUUAGAAGGCGGUCAGUGCGCUGAGACCGGCUCGUGUCUCUGCGUAACGGUCCCCUCUCGAGGGCUUCGUCAUCCCGUGCCUCCUUCUGUGCAAACCGUACCCACGUGGUGGAUAGUUGAUAUCACUUGCACAUCUGAUAACUUGGCCCGAGAAAAACAAAGUCCACAAACAAAUAAGGAAACCCACCUAAGUUUCAGUUAAUUAUGAAUCGUGUAACUGUGCAAUUGACCUUUUUUCUUCUCCUUUUUUUCCUCCAGAAAACAGAACAUACAUCAAACCUACUAUUAUGUACUGAAGAAAACACCUGUUGUUGAAAAAUGUAUAAUGACCACUAUUUGAAGACUAUAUAGUUCAUGAAAAACGUCCCUUCCAACCUUUGAUGCCUUCAGUACUGUGUGAAGAACAGGAUUUGUAGCAUGAAACUUGAAGGACAAUUUCAAGCAAUUUACUGUUGCUGCAUCGAAAACUGCCGUAUUAAGAAAUAUUGAGACUUUUUACAAGCUUACCAUACCAAACCAAGCCUGUUGCAACAGAUCGUUUUUAGGUCCCUGGAGAUAGAAAGGAGUUUUAGUAUUUUUAAGCACAUACAGGAAUUAUUCCCCCUUCCCUCCCCAAAAAGAACUUUUUUUUUUUUUUUCUAAGGAGGUAGCUAUUACUGUAUAGCAAUGGCACAAUGAUUUUAAGCCACAAAGGUCCUUACUGGCUGUACAUCAUACAAGUCCAGUUUAUCACUGAAACUGUUCAACAUGGAGCUGUUUCGAUUGUGUUUAUAAAUUAAGCUUUGUUUACUGAAGCAGAUACUCGAUAUAUAUUACGUUUUAAAAAGAAAUGUGUGUACAUUUUUUAAAAGAAUGAUGUAAAAAUUGUCCUUUCAUUAGAUGACCAAUUCAAAAGUGUGAGCUAAACCCUAAUAGCUGACGUAAUAUGAGGAUUAUAAUUGAUGCUUUUUUUUAUGCUCAGUUCAGCUUGGCUUUUGGUCUUUUAAGAUGAAAAAAUGAAUAUGCAGUAGAGUGUUAGAUAAUGGAAACUUUAAGUAUGGUUUCUCUGUUGUACCAUAUUAAGUUAAAGUACACAUUCUUUGUUAAAAAUGUUCUUGCUAAAAAUACAGUAUUAAAAAUUUUUUGUUUGACUUUGGAAA